UCGGAGCUGGCAGUGGCGAUGGCAUAAAGGAACACAUGGUCGACGGUGUGGAGAACCGCAUAGUGUUAUUCAUUUUCUUAGUUGUAAAAUUGAAGUUUCCCAACCAUCAGGUGUCAGUCGUGUCUGAUAAUGGCGUCACUUUUGCACCAAAUUGUCCAUGGAAGUGAAAGCAGCUCUUUGAUCGUAAUUCAAGAUUCUGUUGAUAUCAGCGGAAGGCCUCUACUCCGAUGCUUUACAAAUCAAGUGUCAGACCGGGUUGAUCAGGUCCAUGUAUUUCUGUUUGAUUGCUCGCCCACUGUGUUCUUGUCUGGCUUUGACCCUGCAGUGAGGUCAAAGGUUGUAUGUCAUGAUGGCUGGUCAGACCCCUUGGAAUGGAAUGGUAUCAGUCUUUCAGAAGAUCACAACGUUAUCCACUUCAGUGCUCUGACUGAAUUUAAGUCUCACAUUGAGAAUCACAUGACCAAGGGAAUCCAAUCAGUAGCAGUCGUUAUUGAUUCAUUAUCUCCAGUUAUUAUCAAUAAGUCUGUGACAUUUGUCUGCAAGGGUUUACAUCAGCUCAUCCAGUCAACAGAUUGGGAAGGUCCAGACAUUUCAGAGGUGGUAUGUCUACUUCAUCAAGAUGUGCACGAUGUUGCCACAACAAGUGCUGUCUGUCACAGUGCAACCACAGUAUUGUACCUGGAACCUUAUAAAUCUAUAGCACCAAUACAACAGGAACCUAUGGCAAUGUGUGAUUUAGUUCAUCGUAGGAAGUCAGGCAAGGUUAUACGCAUGAGAGAAGGUUUGAGUGUCGACCACGAUUACAGAUUAUUUGUCUUUCCAGACAAAACCAUGGCAAAUAUCCAGGUCGAGAUUGAACCCCAGCCGGAUCCCACAGCUAAUCUGACAUUUAAUCUGACUUUGAAAGACUCUGAAAGGAAAGCCAAAGAUAGUGUGGUCUUACCGUACACAAAAGUCCAGCAAAGACAUGGACAUCCAGUUAAAAUAGGAAGCUCUGAGCAGUCAGGAAAGAUAUUCUAUGAGCCGGAUGAGGCUGAUGAUUUUGACGACGAAGAUCCUGAUGAUGACUUGGAUAUUUGAUGAGAAACUACUUGGGUAAUACAGGCUUUUUACAAUAGUGUGCCUCUAAGAGUUUGUAACACGUUGGCCAAUCACAAUAUGCCAAAUUAAUCGACCUAAUGCGUUUUUGGAAAGGGUUGAUGGAUUUCGUGUAUUGUGAUCGGCCAACAUGUUGCAAGCUCUUGGAGGUGUGCUGUUGUGAAUCGCCUAUAUUGUAUGUGGAAUGCUCGAGUUCAAUUGUUAAAUCAAGACAUUGUAGAGACAGAGAUGUUAUCUUUGGACGUGAAGACUUGAGUGGGGAUAAAAGUUUACUGAAUUUUGUUAGCUGGAACUGAGAUGACCGUUGGUGCCAAUGUAGGUAUCAUUGUGAAAUACAAUGCGUAGCUGUAGGCCUCCACUUUCAUAUUUUGACCCUCAGUCAGUCAGCUAGUAUUGUUAGACCCCAAAUCAUAGUUAAAAUGGGAGGAAGGGGGAUAUUUAAAAAAAAAACAGGUUGAAAUUACAAUUUUCUGUUUCUGAAGUGCAUGUAUAUAAUAUUUGAAAAACACAGUCCUCCACUUUUAUUUUUCACAGGGAGAGUUGAAAACAAAGAAACUCUUAGUAUGGAACAAUUCUUAAAUUAAUAAGAUAUUUUUAAAUGGAAAUUCAAAGCUGCAGAAAUUUGUACCACGCUGGAGAAAAAAAAAGAAAACUAGCUUUGCGUAAUGCAGUCUGUCUUGCCAAACAUGUUACAAUUUAUGGUUACUAUGUUGUGCAUCAAAUCACAUUUUUGCUUUAUGAAAAUAAUUUUCCUUUUUCCAAAGUUUUUCGGAACUUCAGUCUCAUUUACCAAAGGCAUUGUUGUAAAUAGUGUAAGUUGUUCUGUCAUCGUGAUAAAUUGGAGUGAGAUUCGGGCUUAAAAACUGACAUUUUGGUAAUUGAAUUUGAGUACAUUAAGUGUGACUUUUCAUUAGUAAACAAACUAGCUGCAAUCUUAUUAGUUAUGAAAGUGUAAUGUCUGUGUAUUUCUCAUCCACCUGUGAAGUACUGUCUAGUUGUAUUCUAAUAGUCGUCAGAUUUACUAGGUCUGCCUGUGUAAUGAAGAACACCCAUUUUUUAAGAGGGGGGUCCAACAGGUAAAAUGGUGAAUCAUACUUACACAUUGGAGGAGUGUCAUUCCAUUUGUAAAAUAUGCAAAACUUCAUAUCACUUAUUUAUUUUUCAUAUAAAGUUUGCAGCAAAACAAGGACGGAAACUUUCAUUCAUGUGAGUGUAUUUUAGCUUGACAGAAUUAGUGACAAUGUCAAAAUAAAAGGCACUGCAGUGUGAGGUGCAUGUA